UGGACUUGACCUCAACUUUCUCAAACCUCCACACUCCACAUUCACACAUCCCACCCACUACUUUUUUUUUCUUUGAUCCAUCUACAACUACCAAUCUUUAACUCGGACGACAACAGUACAACAUCAUGGCAGAUGAUGAUUCGAGCGAGCUUUCGUCUAUCACAUCUUUAUCUGACGCACCGUCGGAAGAAGAUAGCGAAAUCGAGAUGAAGAGGGAGAAGGGCAUCCUGAAAUUCUUCCAUAAGCUACCCACAGGAUCUAAGUCCGCCGAAACUAAGAAAGAAGCAUCACCUCCACCGCGAAAACGAUCGCCAUCACCACCCCAUGAAUACGUAUUGGCUGAUAAUCCAGAUGUUGCUUUUAUUGUAAUGUUCCGCGCCCGGUUCAACGAUGCCCUCCCUAAAUCCCUAGCGAACUUCGGUCCCCAAGAAAUCGAGCGCGAUGUCACCGAACCUAUUCCUGGCGAGCGCGUGGAACAUUUUCUUUGUGCUGUGUUGAGCUUGUUGCUGAAUCGCAAGCAGGAUGUCAAGCCUGGUCAUUACAAUCGAGCAUUGGAAGAUGCUAUUAAUUCGCACAAGAACCAGUGGGCGCGGGAUUGGAACGACGAAAACCCUUUGGCUGGUGGAAAGACUUUCGCAUCCAUGAGCCCUACUGAAAGAUUAAAAUUACUGCGAACACUUAUUCUUUGGUCCCUAUCCUCCUCCGAAGUCAUCAAGACCAUCAUCAAUAAAUCCUACAAGGGCAAUCGACACGAAGACGACCUGAACCAACCUCUCUCCGUACAACCAUGGGGUUCCGACAGCGACAAGCGCCGAUACUACCUAAUCGAAGGCCUAGACGACACCCAUUUCCGUGUCUAUCGCGAAAGCAAUCCACAAGGAUUCAACAGAACAUGGUGGAGCGUAGCAGGAAGCAUAGACGAGCUAAAAGUUCUAGCAGAAAAACUACAAUGCUCUGACGGUGGUCCGAAGGCGAAGAAGCUUGCGAAUAUGAUGUUGGGAGCAGUUCCGCGCUUCGAAGCCACUGAGGAGAAGCGCAAGCGUCGCGAAUACCGACUUAUGCGCAAAGAGCAAUUCAAGCGCCCAGAGCCCGGUUUCUCGAUGUACGAGGGGCGCACGAGAGGAAAGCGUAUGAAGUACACAUAUUCCGAUGACGAGGACUUCCUAUCUGACUCCACUCUCCGACGAUCUUCGCGUAACACACGCAACCCUACACCGGCCGAACCCGCAGCUCCCGUCACCACUGCCAGUGGUCGCCAGAUCAAAGCGCCCUCGCGCAUGACGGUCGACGCAUCCAAUAACAUCGUUACAACUAGUCCUACAAGCCAGGGUCAUAACGAAGCCACCGAAUCAAAAGAGUCGUCGGUGGGUCCCACCGGUAGACCUAGAAGAUCAGCUGCCGUCCACCACGGUACGAAUGGCUGGGCGCCCUCACCCAAGAAGAGCAAGGAAUAUAACUCAAUGGAUGAUGAGAUGGAGGAUUACGAUGAUGACGACGGUAGUGAUCCUGAACUCGGUGAUGAUGAGGAAGAUCACGUCCCCGAUGAUGAAAGUGAAGAUGACGAUGAAUUCGACGAAGACGAAGAGAUGGUCGACGACGACCUAGCAGACAGAAAUUCAAAGGACAGUAUGAUGGUCAAACUCAAGCUCCCGUCCAAAACACGGACAUCCGAACCCAAUGUCAAUGGCUCAGCACUGAAUCUGGACGAGUACCGCUAUAAUGGCAAAAAGGGCGGACCUAACGAUCAGGCUAGCUCUAAAUCGGACAAUGGUGAUGAUAAGAAAGAGGCUACGCCCGAGGAGAAGAGCGAGGAGGUCAUCUCGGUAGCGACGACAAGGAAGCGGAAGACACCCGAACCUCCGUCUACUACUGCGAAGAACGACCAACCGCAGCGACCCCCCUCAACACCCGCUUUGAACUCGCUUCAAUCGACUGCUCUGGCUUUUAGGGAAAGUCCGGAUAAGGUCCAGCAGGCCCUACCUAAGCAUGUCGACGUUGGAGCUGGAGAGUAAACAUGUUUCACAUAGAUGAUGUCUAAUUUUGGUGUUUCGAGACAGACAAGAUCGACUAUAUUGUUUUCAUAAUUGCAAGAAAAAGGAAGGUAAUUCCUUGCGCUAAAACUUGCGAAAAGACU